AUGGGAAGCGAAUCAAUGAGACACUUGUCUCUGAAAAAGAAACUCAAAUCAACGCUUUGCAUCGCCGGCUGUUUUCGUACGAUCAAUCAUCCCCACGAUAUCUCCGACCGGCCAUCUUCUCCUACGACUCUAACCGAGAAAUCUACACAAAGUCCACAUGGUGUAGUCAAGACCAAAUCUCCCAGACUCACUCGAACGUUGUCUAAGUCGCAAGAAAAGUGCAAAAAUCUUAUCAAUCGGAUUGGCGGCGGAGGAGUCGUGGGUGGUGGUGGUGUUCCCGGCCACGGGAAGCAUAUUAGACGCCAUACGACGGAUUUUCAUUAUGAUCCGUCGAGCUAUGCGCUUAACUUUGACAGGGGAGACGAGGACGAAAAUGUCGAUCGCUUUCAGCUUCGCAAUUUCUCCGCUAGGCUGCCUCGUUCGCCGCCUUCAUCAGCGACAGCGUCGGAAUCGUCGUUUACGAUUCACAACAUUUUGCGGUGA